GAGAGAGAGAACAGACAGAGAGGGAGAGACCAGGAGCACGUAGAGAGGGUGUGAGAGCAGAGGGAAGUCAUGCUGCUGAUUACAACCAGAGUGAGUUGGAGAGACGGAGCACUACAUACUACUGCUUUCACUUCACCUUCACGUUGGGGGCGAGAAAAGUUGAACAAAACAAUUUGUUUUUGUUUUUAACAAAGGAAUCUUGUUUUUAACAAAGCACUACUAAUCAGCUUCACUCGGGAGACGUCGCUGACUCAGCGGAGCCCGGUAGAGGGGAGGAGAGACUGAGGGAGCUGGAGAGAAGCCAGUAUGAUUGGUGCAGAACAACAGACUGACAGCAUGGGUGAAGAGGGACCCCCCAGUCUGGAGUACAUCCAAGCCAAGGACCUGUUCCCCCCGAAGGAGCUGGUCAGUGAGGACGACAACCUGCAGGUGCCGUUCCCAGCUCUUCAGGGGGAAGGGGUGGAAUAUCUGGGCCGAGCCGACGACGCUGUCAUCGCCAUCUCCAACUACAGGCUCCACAUCAAGUUCAAGGAUUCCGUCAUCAAUACCUAUCCAGGUGUGGACAAUCACAUUUCUGUGCCUCUGAUGCUGAUAGAGAGUGUGGAGAGCAGAGACAUGUUUCAACUGCAUAUCAUCUGCAAGGACUCUAAAGUUGUCAGAUGCCACUUCUCCACGUUCAAGCAGUGCCAGGAGUGGCUGAAACGUCUGAACCGGGCCAUAGCCCAUCCUGGCAGGCUGGAGGAUCUAUUCGCCCUGGCCUACCACGCCUGGUGUCUGGGGAGCAACACUGAUGACGAGGACCAGCACCUACACCUCUGUAGACCAGGUGACCAUGUUCGUCAGAGGCUGCAGAUGGAGGUUAAGAGGAUGGGCUUUGACAUGCAGAACGCCUGGAGAGUGUCCGACAUCAACCUCAAAUACAAGCUGUGCUCCAGCUAUCCCCAGAAGCUGCUGGUUCCAGUGUGGAUCACAGACAAGGAGCUGGAGAGUGUGGGUUCCUUCAGAUCCUCCAAUAGAAUCCCUGUGGUCGUCUAUAGGCACCAGAGGAACGGGGCAGUGAUCGCUCGCUGCAGCCAGCCAGAGAUCAGCUGGUGGGGCUGGAGGAACACAGAGGAUGAGUACCUGGUAACAUCCAUCGCUAAGGCCUGUCUGAUGGACCCCGGAGCCAGGUUCACCUGCGGGGCCCCAGCCUGCAGCCAGCCCCGAGGGGAGGGCCCAGACAGCUCUGACAGCGACUUUGACUCCUCUCUGACAGGAUGCCCAGGCCCUGAUGCCAACACUGCGCCACAAAAGCUUCUUAUCCUCGAUGCUCGUUCCUACACCGCUGCAGUGGCCAACCGUGCCAAGGGAGGUGGCUGUGAGUGUGAAGAGUACUACCCUAACUGUGAGGUGAUGUUCAUGGGCAUGGCCAACAUCCACUCCAUUAGGAACAGCUUCCAGUCCCUCCGAGCCGUCUGCAGCCAGAUCCCUGACCCUGGCAAUUGGCUAUCUGCUCUGGAGAGCACCCGUUGGCUGCAGCACCUGUCCGUCAUGCUGAAGGCGGCCACUCUGGUGUGUUCUGCGGUGGAAAGGGAGGGACGUCCUGUCCUGGUGCAUUGUUCAGACGGUUGGGACCGUACCCCCCAGAUUGUGGCUCUGGCCAAGAUCCUGCUGGACCCGUUCUAUAGGACACUAGAGGGUUUCCAGGUGCUGGUGGAGACGGAGUGGUUGGACUAUGGUCAUAAGUUUGGUGACCGCUGCGGUCACCAGGAGAAUGCUGCCGACGUCAGUGAGCAGUGUCCUGUCUUCCUCCAGUGGCUGGACUGUGUUCAUCAGCUGUUCAAACAGUUCCCAUGCCUCUUCGAGUUCAACGAAGCCUUCCUGGUCAAGCUGGUGCAGCACACGUACUCGUGUCUGUACGGGACAUUCCUGUGUAACAACGGGCGGGAGAGAGAGGUCCGCAACAUCUACAACCGUACCUGCUCUGUCUGGUCUCUGCUCCGCACUGGCAACAAGAACUUCCAGAACUUCCUCUUUAUCCCCGGUCAUGAUAUGGUGUUGCAGCCGGUGUGCCACACCCGAGCCCUGCAGCUGUGGACGGCCGUCUACCUGCCCACCUCCUCCCCCUGCACCUCUGCCGAGGACGUCAUGGAGCUCUACCUGUCCCCCAGUGUACAGGGAGACGAGCUCACCUCGCGGUCCCUGGACAGGCUUCCUAAGACUCGCUCCAUGGACAACCUGGUGUCUGCCUUUGAGAACGGGGUGGCCCUCACCCGCACCUCCAGCGACCCCAACCUCAACAAGCACUGUCAGGAGGGCCGCACUGCCCAUGGCCUGGAGCCUAUGGCUUCUGUAGGAGGAGGGGCCGCACCCGACAGCCCCGAGGACGUCAGCCCUGACACGGGAUUGGAAAGCGACGACUCGGAGGUGGAGCCUGUCACUCAGACUCCUCCUACUACACCAGUGGAGAUGGAGCAGAGGGAAGAGGGCUUCGAGGAGGCGGAGAUGAGAGAGGAAAUCUGUCUCACCACCCAGCCCUUGCCCUCCCUGCCCCUCCCCCCCAUCGCUCUGGAGCAGGGCCUCUCUCACUUCCCCCCUCUCCCCCUGCUCACACCCAUCCUCCACCAGGCCCUCUCCCAGACCACUAGCCCCCCAGUUCCUCCGCCUCGACUGCCACAUCAGACGGCUGACAGUCACUCCAGGACUGCCUCGGUCACUACCCGUCCUGCCUGCAUACCAUCACCUCCUGCCUGGAAGGGCCCACUACCGGCAGCUGUUCUGAACGGGCCAAUCACCAGCGGCCUCCAGAAUGCCCCCUCCGCUUCUGCAGAGCUGCUGGCACUCGAGCAGCUAGUUCCCAUGUUCCCUACGGCCAUGGAGGACUCCACCGAGACGCUCACAGACGAAGCAGAGACCCUACCAACGCUGCCCCCUAGCAGGAGAGAAAGUCUAGGCCAGCCCAAAGCCCCAGAAUGGGCCUUACCCAAGACCCAGGGAGAGGCGAGAGAGGGGAAGAGGACAGAGAGUGUGAGUGGUAGAAACUUGGUGCCUCUGAGAGAAUGUGUGGUAGCAGUACCAACAUCAAAAGAAGCAGAAUCCUCUGACUCCACAGUGCCCCCUGUUGACAACAGCCAGGCGGUGGCGUUACGACGCCCUGUCUCCCAGAGCCAACUGCGUGUCAGUGAGGAGCUGUCUCUGCUGGGCUCUCACUGGGAGAGUGUCCAGGGCAUGGUCCAGUCUGCCUGCAGCACUGCAGCCAGCCACUCUGGCCUCUCAGCCAACCUCUCGUCAGGCUUCUGUCGGGCCCUCCAGCCCACAGCCUACCAGAGCCGACGCCUGGCUGGCAAGCUGCUACGCGCCCAGGGUGUGGCCGUGCCUAACGGAGGUUGGCAGUACGGCCGAAGGGAGAGGGAGGAAAGGGUUCGCUCCUCGGCUCCAGCCCCAGCCAGCUCCAGCCCUGUCAAGUCAGGGUCCAGCUGGCUCUCUGCAGUCAGGAGCAGCUCUGGCUACGCUGCCAUCAUGGGCCCAACCACCACCAGCUCACCUCCCACCUUUUCAACCAGCCAGCUCCUCCCAGCCUCUCCCUGCUCCUCAGCCUCCCCCCAGCCCCACCCGGCCUACCUGGAUGAUGAUGGGUUGCCGGUGCCUAUGGACGCGGUGCAGCAGCGCCUCAGGCAGAUGGAGGCGGGGUAUAAACAGGAAGUGGAGGUGCUGAGAAGCCAGGUGCGCCAGCUGCAGAUGAGGCUGGAGAGGAAACAGUACAGCACGCCGCCUUCAGAGCCUGACGUCGACUACGAGGACGACAUUACUUGUCUGCGUGAGUCAGACGACAGUGAUGAGGAGGACAGUCUGUCAGACCACAGCGAGGACCGUUUCUCAGAGGGCAGCUGGGACAGAGUGGAGCAGAAGGACACAGAGGUCAGCGUUCCUCAUAAUCUACUGCAGGUCACGAGGUGGGUGCCUGAUCACAUGGCCUCUCAUUGUUUCAACUGUGACUGUGAGUUCUGGAUGGCCAAGAGACGUCAUCACUGCAGGAACUGUGGCAAUGUGUUCUGUAAAGACUGCUGCCACCUGAAGCUGCCCAUCCCAGACCAGCAGCUGUAUGACCCCGUCUUGGUGUGUAACUGCUGCUACGACCUACUGCUGGAGGCUAGGAACAGAGAGAUCCGCAGCCAACAGCUCAAGAAGCCCAUCGCCACAGCCUCCAGCUGAGAGACAGGAGAGAGAGCCCUUUUACUGAAUGGCUCAGUCUGGCCUGGCAUGGCUCGGUUCAGUUUGGCCCAGUUAGGACCUGGAUCAGCACCAUCUUGGAUCAGCCAAGUGCCCCAUUCCCACUACCCUAACAUGGUCUGGUCUUGGCUGUGGGGGAAGAGGAGGAGGACUUGUUGCUCUGUGGGAGGGAGGUCACUGACUGCUGGGGAUGACAGACACUGACUGGUAGUGAAUGAUCUGUAGGAGGAAGAGGAGCAGGUGUUAUAAAGGCUGACUGGUAGUGAAUGAUCUGUAGGAGGAAGAGGAGCAGGUGUUAUAAAGGCUGACUGGUAGUGAAUGAUCUGUAGGAGGAAGAGGAGCAGGUGUUAUAAAGGCUGACUGGUAGUGAAUGAUCUGUAGGAGGAAGAGGAGCAGGUGUUAUAAAGGCUAUCCCACUGAGUUUAACCCCUUUUGGUCAAACACAUUUCCAGCUUGGAAUGAAGUCUUCAGUGUCCUGCUGCCCUGCCCUGUUCUGUCCUGCCCUGUUCUGUCCUGCCCUGUCCUGCCCUGCCCUGUCCUGACCUCCCCUGUCCUGACCUCCCCUGUCCUGACCUCCCCUGUCCUGACCUCCCCUGUCCUGUCCUUCCCUGUCCUGCCCUGCCCUGUCCUGCCCUGUCCUGCCCUGUCCUGCCCUGCCCUGUCCUGCCCCGUCCUGUCAUGUCCUUCCCUGUCCUGUCCUUCCCUGUCCUGUCCUUCCCUGUCCUGCCCCGUCCCGUCCUGUCCUGGGGCUGUUGUUCUCUAGUGGUGCGUCACAACCCCCCCUGAUGUCCCAUAUCACCUCCCUGGUCCUGUAACCUACUGGGAGGUGUUCCAUCAUCUCAACCCCCCCCCCCCCACACACACACACACACUCUAGUGCAUCCCUGUCACACACCAACCAGCCACUCUAUGAUGUCCCCCCCCCCCCACACACACACACCCCUACUCUCCUCAGAGGACAAUCUCUCGCCCCUCCUAAGUGUGGGGGAUUCCAAAGCCUUUACCUGCUCUACUGGUGGCUUACAACAACUUUAAGAAGCAAAAUGCUGCUACAUUAUCUAAAAGUCUCAUUUUGUAUUAUUAUUUUGUGCACUACAAGAUCUUUGUCUAUUUCAGUAAAUUUGAGACCUAACUCGAGCGGAAGGGAGGAAGAAAAAAAAAAAAAUCUUCUGUUUAUUGUGGGGGUUGAAUGUAAACGUUUGAAAUUAAAAUGGACAAGUUUUAGAGUAACUGGAAGAACUGAUGAUGAUAAUGUCUUUAUGUUCAUUAGGUCGGUUGUGUACUUGUUCUUUCCUGUGAGGUUUAUUUCAACAACAAAAAAAACGAAGAAAAAAAAACCGAGAUUAUAUGCAGUUAUAAUGUGGGUUUGUCUUUGUAAACAUUUAGAACAUCUGAGGUAUACCACUGUCUGUGUGGACAAAGGUUAAUUACAUCAGAUCUAGAAUUGUCCUUCAGAUAUGCAUCUGAUCAGACGAGUCUCUUCAAAAGCAACCAGACAAGACAAAGCUGUUGGCAUGAUUCAAAAUAUGUGUGUUUUCCUGCAACGUUGUCGUACCACUUACAAUGAAAGGUCAACUGGAAAGUACUUGUUGGUUCGUUAGCUGAUGGGGAAGGAGGGGUUUUGAGUAAUGGAGUAUAUACUUCUACACUGACGUGAGAGAGGCUUGAUGUUGAUGUACAGUAACAUAGUUCUGCUUUAACUGCUCAAACUUCCUCUUUUAAUCAACCAUUCUUGUCAGGUUCCUGUCCAAUAAUGUCAAUAUCUGGCACUUAAAGCGACUCCGGAGAACGUACUAAAGUGCUAUGAAUUUCCUUUUUUAAUUGUAUUUUUCCCUGUACCGUAGGGGGAGUUUGGCUAGCCUUGUAUCUAAACUGAGUUGACCAUGUUACCAAACGGAAGUGAAACUUCUGGAACGUAGGGAAAUCAGUUAGGAUGCUAUGCUAGAGGUUGGCUGUGGAUCCUAGAAAUUGUCCUAUGGCAACAACAAAAACGUUUUUUUUGUUUCCGUCUAAUCGGUGUGUUAUUUUUUUUAUUUUUUCCUUGAGACAGAAGUGCCAUAUUGUCUUUAUUUUUAUUUUUUAAACCUUUUUCUCAUGGAGACGACAGCAGGUAACUAACUGAACUGGCCAGAACUUGGUUUGUUUUAAUGGUAGCUGCUUAACAACAUGGAAAUGAUUUAAAGAUCCGAACAGAGAAAUGUCCGUUAGAUGAAGAGGUAAUGAGAAUGAUUUGUUAAUAAAUGUAUGAACUGAAGAUGUAAAUGAGAUGGUGAGCCUGUACGGUUGUCACGGUUACCCAUUGCCCAAUAACAAAAAAACGCGGUGUGUUGAUGGCAAAAUAUGAACGAGGAAGUGGUGGAACCCAGAUAUGUAAUAUAAUAUAUAAUUAUCUGAUUCAGUACUAGUGGCUAAAACCUGUCACAUAGCGAAUAAUUGUGUAAAGAAAACAAAUGCACUGUAAAAGAGAUCCUAUUGGUUAAAAUAAAGAAAUAUUAUCUAUAUCGUG